AUGCUCCUUCACGAAGACCGCGAUGCUUCAUCACCAUCCAGAAACUCCUCCCCCGAUGUCGUCCUUAUGGUGUCCAAUCCAGACAUCGGACGAGUGGAUAGAGGAACCAGUCCUCACCCAAGCAAUGCUGGACGAAUUGAUAGAGGAACCAGCCCUCACCGUCCAGAGCCUGCCAUCGUCACCCUCACUCCACACCUCAAUAACUUCUCAGAUGACGACGCCGAGGACUACGCCAAGUUCAAAGAAAGGGAGAGAACUCGCCGACCGUCAUCCCAGGGGGCCCCACGAAAUGCAUCACGGAAUGAAAACCCUGAUGAUAGAAACCUACCGGGCUCUGACGAAGUACCAGUGGGAGUUCCACCUCCUGCUACAAUCGCGACGAGCAUUGGAGCUGCAGGUCCCUCAGGACUACGAGCAAGAACAGCAGCUCAACUCCCAAGCCAUGGAGAAACUGAGUCGAUACCAGUUAUACAGGGAGCUACACCUCCGCCAGUACCAACUGGUGGACAGAUUCCCCGCUCCAUGGGAAGAACUACCCUUGGUACAGAUCCUCACGCCGGAGAAUUGGAGCGACACGCGGACACGCUCCUCCAGCGAAGCACUAUCUCCGCGGUAAUACAAAUGGCCACAGCCAUGGCCCUACAACGACUCGCUAACUUCGCUGCAGGGCAACCCGGGAAUAAGCAUAGCGACAUACCUCGACGACUGGCUAGUGCCAGUCUCCAGAUCAGAGGACUCGCCCUCCAAACAGACCCUGACACCGCCUCUUGGUAUGAACAUAACGAUGGACGACCACGAGCUCUCCUCAUCCAUCCCGACGAAUUCUCCCAGUAUGUCAACAGAGAGCUCCUUCCAGCUCUCCUCUUCACCGGAGAACUGGGCGCCGUCCAACCAAGUAGAACCGACCCCUUCCGCCUUGUCAUCUGGAAUGUACCACGUCCCAGAGAACGUCCCACGGCUGUACCAAAUCCAAGAAGGACUCCGCACACAGUCGUGGAACGCCCUUCACCGAGGCCACGGGAAAAUCGUACAACACAUAGCAAUUACACGACAUCCUCCUCUCACCGGGUACGAAAUUCUCCCUUAUCCCAUGGGGGUACCGACGAAGAGGAACCACCCGCAACCCUCCGCCACGGAACAACUACUGGCGGGAGUGUUCGACACCGGCCUGGAACGCCUCCUCCUAGUGCUCGAUUUCGUACAGACGAGGGACAGAAUAACCGAAGUAGCCGCAGAACUCGCCGCACUGAUUCGGAGGCUAGAAGAAAUCGCUCUUGGACUCGAUCCGAGCUCGAUGCAUGGGACGCUCUAGACGACCCCGGAAAUUACGACGAUGCCGAUCCCUACUAUCGACCUGACGAAGGAGGCGAUGGCUACCAAGGAUCAUAUGAUUACUAA